AUGAAACUUUUUUUAGCUCUGAAAGAAAAAGCUGAUGCAGCACUUUUUUUGUUCUCUUUCACUGACAGAGGAAGUUUUGAUGACUUACCCAAUCAGAUGAACCGUGUUUUGGAUCAAGAGGACAAAAUCUUGCAAAUAGCUGUGGCCACUAGACUUGAUCAAAUCUUGAACAGCGAUUUCACGGAGCAAGAAAUACGAGAAUUUGAAGAACAGUGGCAAGUUCCUGUUCUAAGAAUUGCCAAUGUCACCGGAAAACGACUAGCUGAUGGUCGAAGUUUGGACGGUCGAGCAGGGGUAAUUGAAGUCGCGCACUUUCUCAACUCUUUGGCCGAGCUGCUAUGGCAACGAGAUCAGGUGACCGUAUCUUCGGGUGCACGACGAGUCUCUCGACAUUCUACUGGAUCACGGUCCUCUGCGGAGUUCAAGAUUUAUAUUUGACUUGUGAUACCCAGAACUGCUUCGUUUGUAACACUACACUACGGGGUAGAUGGUGACACAAGCUUUGUUUCGAGUGCAAGUUAUUAUAAAGAACAGAAUUGGUGCUUUGAGGUUCAAAACGCUGAGUAAACGGACUACAGCUGUUUUUCGUCGACCAUGUCACUGCGAUGUAGUUGUGUUGCUUCAUGACCGCAUGUGGAACUAGCGAGGGACCCGGCGGAUGGUCUUUUCGUUUUUCACGAUAUAUACCACGUUGAAAAUAUGCGACGGUCGCCAAGAGCGAAAAAAUACGUAAAUCUACGGCAAGCGCGGGAAAAUACAGAUUGGUGGCAAGUGGGCGAGUGGUUUUGAUUUUCCAUCGUAUUUGCUGCCGCCGAGUUUAACAAAAGAACCUACUGAAUGGCUUACUCAGUACACAAGAAAAGCUACAACCUAGCAACCCUCGAACUUUGAUUCAGGGUCACCUUCCUUGACUUUUAC